AUGUCUGUCGAAGGCGCCUCUGCAUCGCCCAUCCCCAUCGAGGAUCUACAGAAGAUCACCGUCGAGGCCUGCGAGAAUGCCCUCGAGAAAAGCGAGGGCUAUGAACACACCAAGGUCGGAACCUGGAACUCUCAGAUUAUCAACUCCAUCCUCAAGGCCCUGAUCACCGCCACCGCACCCACCGACGCCUCUAAGCCUCCUCCCUACCGGUUCACCGUCAACAGCACAAUCGUGCAGCAGGGCGUGAUUGACCCCUCCGUCGCUGCGGGUGGUGCACUCAGCAAUGCCGGCAAGCGUGGUAUGCACUCUGCCUCCGGAGCUUUCUGGGAUGUCAACCGCGACGGCAUGUGGACUUUCAAGUACCCCGGUGCUGAGGAGCGAGGGUUGGAUGUCGUUGUUUGUGUGACGUGGUUUGCCAUUGUAUAA